GAGAGAAGUGAAGCUGUAAGCUACAGUAACUCUGACUGGCUUAUGGGCUCCAGACUCUGUAAUCAGCUCUUUCAUGCAUCAUAUGUUUCAGGAGCUUUUGGAACAGAGUGGAGUGUGAAGUACAACCAACAGGAAAUAUGUGCUUUAAAAGGAUCCACAGUGUUUAUGAAUGGAACUUAUACUCAUCCAGAACGUCUAAAACUGAAAGAGACUUUUUGGGUUAUAGACCCUGUUAAGAAUGUGGAGCCAACUGAUCUGUCUAAAAACCCCGACUAUUCAGCCAGAGUUGAACAUUUAACUGAUAAACAGACACACUUCGCCCUGAAACUGAAUAAUGUAACGGAAAAUGAUAAACAUGAGUACUGCUUCAGGCUGAUAGUAAAUGUAGAGAAAGCAAAUUGGCUGGGUUAUCCUGGAGUUAAGCUCACUGUAACAGAGCUCCAUGUGGAAACUCCUGAAGAAGUGACAGAGGGAGAAACAGCAGAUCUGACAUGUAAAACCACCUGCAGUCUGACUGACCCAACAUUCAUCUGGUACAAAAAUGGACGUCCUUUAACCACAAAGACCAUCAAGAACAACCAGCUCCACCUGCAGACAGUCAGCAGUGAGGAUGCAGGCAGUUAUAGCUGUGCUGUAAGAGGAUAUCAGCAUCUCCACUCUACUGCUCACAACCUCAGAGUCAGAUACCAUCCGAAGAAUGUUUCAGUGUCCAUCAGCUCCUCUGGAAACAUACUGGUGGGCUUUUCAGUGAAUCUGAGCUGCAGCAGUGAUGGAUACCCACCUGUGAAGAACUACACUUGGUUUAAAGAAGGUGGAACUUCACCUGUAGGAUCUGGACAGAAUUACAUUCCUCUACAGAGUGGAUCUUACUACUGCGAGGCUCAGAAUCAACAUGGAGCUCAGACAUCAGCUUUGAUGCCAGUCGAUUUAAAUGCAGGACACUCAGUGAUUCUGUAUGCAGCUGCUGGAGUCGGACUUUGUGGGGUUGCAGUUUUUCUCACCAUAUUUUUCUGGAUGAGGAGGAAGAGGCAGACCAGAAAUAUGAAUGAACCAGACUAUGUGAACACUAGACUCAGAGCCAAGCCUCCUGAUGAAGACUCUUGCAAUGUUGAUGACUACGAGAAUGUAACAAAAGCAGACCUCAAAGCUCCACCUCCUGAUGAUGACUCAUCCAGUGUUGAUGUCUAUGAGAAUAUGACAAAAUCUGGCCCCAGAGCCCCGCCUCCUGAUGAUGACCCGUCUAGUGAUAUUGACUAUGAGAAUGUAACAUUUGUCAGAGCAGAGAAACAGCACCCUCCUCCUGUCAAUUCACAAACUGCAGACAGAGACAGUCGCACCAGUGAUGACGUCAAACCUCAGGGCCCCUUAAAGUGA